CUCUAUACAAUCCAUAUUUCCAGACAUAUUCCCUAUAUUAUACCAGAACAGAUACCAAGAUGUUGGCACGCUUCGCAGCUGGCACUCUCUCACGGACAAGGCAGUCAGUUUCGUCAACCUCAUGGCUGCUCAGGCGGCAGUUCUCAACUGAUGCGGACUCCCAUGAUGACUUCAAGCCAAAGUUCGCCGCCUCUGGGGAGCCGGCGAGCGUCGAAGAGCAGAUCAAGCAGUCUAUCACAAGCGACAAGGUCCAUGUCUUCAUGAAGGGCACGCCGGAGACGCCGCAAUGCGGCUUCAGCCGCAUGGCCUGCGUCGUCUUGCAGGCCUACGGUGUCCAGUUCGGUGCCACCAACGUGCUUGCCGACCCGGCCAUGCGGGAGGCCAUCAAGCAGUUCACCAGCUGGCCUACCAUCCCACAGGUGUUUGUGAACGGCGAGUUCGUUGGCGGUUGCGACAUCCUGUUGGGUAUGCACGAGAGUGGCGAGCUGGAGAAGCUGCUGGCGCCCGUGCGGGAGGCACAGGGAGGACCCAAGUAGGGUAACCCCCAGAUGUACCCUAUCGCACCGGUAACUGGUAACUGGUAACCACUAACUAUGCACAGCUGGAACUGACACAUGCCGACCUCCUGGGACCCGUGGGUCGCAUCACAGCAGGAGCCAGAGCGGGUGGGAGAAGCUUUGUAGCGACGCCUCUUUUCUGCGUUGUCCGGGAUGAUUUGCAGCUGCGCAUUUGUGUGGGUGUGAUGGUUGCGGGGGUCCGGGUCCGGGUCGAGAUAGGUGGGAGGUGUGUUGUGGUAGGUGCCCACAACAGUGGCCGAAGACUACCGCAGUGGCUUUUCAUGCAUGUGCGCGUGACUGCUAGCCAACUGGUACUAUCCAUAUUAGGGGGCUGCUGGCAUUGCCUGACGGACGUGGCUGCUAAGUGGCGGGG